AUGUCUCGAGGUGCAGAUCAAGUUGCAAAUGAUGGGCAGAUCUGGCCACACUUGCCGCGCAUCGCCCUCUCCCUCGAGCUGGAAAAUAAGGGCAGCGUGGCCAGAGAUCACCUUGCGCUUGAACGUACAUUGUAAGUGCCAAAUUUCCUCUGAGCAUGCUAUCGGCAAUUUGACAUUGCAUGUCUCGCCCGCCCCCACCCCCACAGUUUGGCCUGGCUGCGAACGUCUUUGGGUCUAGUGUCUAUUGGAAUCGCAGUAGCGCAGCUCUUGCGCAUUCCAUCCCUUGCAAGCUCGCCCAAAGCUUUCUGCUUCUCUGACAACAACAUCUAUCAGAUUCAACAGUCUCAUCAGCAAAUACUCGAGGCUCUGCGUUCACGCGAUGCGUCCGCACCGCAGGACACCUUCACAAGAGAAGAGGUGAUGCGCAUGCUGCAAUUCGCAUCGACGCAAGACGCUUCCAUCGCUCCCGAAAAGCUGUAAGUGCGAUCGAUCGAUCGAUCGUACAUGCCCCCUGCACGGCCACCUUUUCGUGUGUCUGAUGCUUCCCCACUUUUAUUGUCUGUGUCGCUAUUUGCGAUGCAACUCAGUGGCAAGCCGAUCGGAUGCGUGUGCAUAGCCCUGGGUGCGCUCAGUUUGCUCUUUGGCACAUAUCGCUUCUUCAAAGCGCAGCGCAGUCUCAUCCAGGGCAACUUCCCACCAUCUCGCGCUUCCGGUGCGUAUCUGCAGCGCCUCGUGCCACCCCCUCCCCCUCCUCCCCUUUCCACUCAAGCUGACUGUUCCGCUUCAACGUUCGCCUGCUCGCCUGCUCGCCCGCUCGCUGUCCAUCUCGCAUUCUCGCAGUUUCCAUCAUGGCUUUCCUCACCGCAGCUCUCAUCGUCUCUUGCUUCAUCGUCAUCGUAUACACACGCUCAGCUUACACUGGCUCCCGCUCCUUGAGCUGGCUCCUGUACCCAUACUGA